GCAAGCAAGGCAGACUCAAAGUAAGGGCAAUAUAUAAUGCAAAAAGAGGGUAAAAAACAGUCCUUUUUCUGAACUCCAUCCUUCAUUAUGAUCUGUCCUAUCUGUAGAACCAUCACUCUGACACCUUCAGCUGCCAGUAAGACGUACUUGUGGUUUUUGAGGAAAAAAAGGAAGUUAAAGAGCAUCGGCAAUUCUGUAUGUUAGCUGAGUGAGAGAGUGCUGAAAGGAAGUAUGGCUGCUUUGGCGUCUGCUGACAGGAGAGGAGGUCCAGGGUAAGAGAAGUAGCUGCGGUUCUGUGAAGAAUGGAAAAGUUAGUGUGGCUAGUGGUGUUCAUGAAUUCCUUCACCUUCUUCCAUGUGAAUCUGCACUGAAUGACAGAGAACUUGGGAAACAGGAUAAGAGGAAAAUGUUGAAAACUGCUUUGAAAGCCAUCCUGGAACUGACUGGCACCCACGACACUGAAGGGACAUGGAAGAGUUCCAUCACUUUGCCAUGUGUCUACGAGCCUUCCCAGGACUUUGUGCAGCAAACUGUCAUUUGGACCCUGUUCCGAGAUCAAAGCCCUGCCACCGUCUUUCGAAGGGAUAGCUCUGGCGAUCACAUCCUGUUGUCACAGUACAGAGGUAGGGUCAGCAUGCCAAAUAGCAUGCCAGGGGAUGUCUCUCUUGAAAUUGAGAAGCUUGAAGUUAGAGACAGUGGACACUACACUUGCAAAGUCACCUGGAGAGCCCAGGACAACAGCCUGCUAACGAGGGAGAGAACCACUACAGUUAAGGUUGUUAAAGUUGCAGUGACUAAACCCAUCGUCAGACCAGGGCCUCUGGGAUUCACUGUACCAAAAGGGGCUAGGACAAGCCUGACCUGCUCUGCCAAAGGGUCCCCACCCAUCACCUACCGUUGGUUCAAGGGAGAGCCAGGAGGAAACACAGUGCUUGUGAGCAAUCAUGCCAUACUCAUGUUUGAUUCACUGCGAACGUCUGACACGGGGAAAUAUUACUGUGAAGCAGAAAACAGAGCAAGCUCGCAAGUAGUGCAGCAGAGUGAUGCAGUGCAGCUGACUGUGAGGGGUUACCAGGGGAAUGGCCUGCCCCUCUAUCUCCUCAUCCUGAUGGUUGUGCUCUGUGUGGCUGUGGCGUGUGUUGUCAUUGCGGUCGUCUUGUAUAAGAGAAAGACCAAGAAGGAUAAUCUGAAUGAAAUAACAGAUCAUAACUCCAAGAACCUCACAAGAGGAGAGACUUGUUCAGGAGUCAAUGACAAGUGCACAUAUGAGGAAGCAAAAUCUAGAGGUGAAAACAACUAUACAUCACAGCCUUUGAAAGAGAAUGAAUAUGAGACAAUUGGCACAGUGAAAAACAAUGACUAUGCAACUCUUAGGAAAACAACAGCAUCUGAAUAUGAAUUGGGGGAUGUUCCAUAGAAAACCAGCAUUUACACACCAGCAACAGCGCAGAAGAUAGGGCUGUAGAGCUUGAAUGGUGACUAUUCAUUACGGGAAGCCCUUCAUCCUUUCCACUUUCUUCUCUGAUAAAAAAUAUUAAGCUCAUUGCUUUAAUUGUUGAAGGGCAAUUGCAUCACCCUCUGGUUCUUCAUGGAAUCCAGUCUGCCCUAUUGAUGCUUGAGAACUUGCAUGAAACCUUCCUAAAAUCAGCUUCCUUGUGUAAACUAUCCAGGAAUGAUACACGGUGAGAAGUUUCUUUUUCUCUCUCUCUCUCUCGGGUUUAACGUUCAGCACAGACAAUGGAAGGUCCUUUUAAUAACACGAGGAGAGUUCAGGAAAAAAACUGAAAGCAAGGUCAAAAUAAGAACCACACAGCACUGGAGGUACCUGUGGAAAGGAAUAAACUCUACAUCUACAUCUUGCUCUGUAAUAGUUUUUGUACCAUACCUCUACUGCAGUGAGGAAGUCUGUAUGUAUUCUGUAGUAAAGCUUGGCUGCUAACGAGCUAGCCAGUCAUAUGGUAUCUCAAAUUGCAACUUGGGACCUAUUCUUUCAGAGAGUCCCUUUCUUUCGUCUUCUGCUAGAAUUGCAUUUUUAAUAUUUUGGAAAAGAUGGAAGAUACUUUUUAAAAAGUCUGUGGCUAGGAGUGUUGCAUCUCCAGCUGUUGCUUUUUUCUGCUCCUUGCUUUGCCCUUAGGCUUUAAUAUAGGCAACAUUGUUUUAGCAUGGAAUCAUAUGCUAACAACCAUCCCUUGUGCCAGCUCUUAAGUGUUUGUGUUAAUAAAAACUUUCCACUCUG